AUGACAGAAGCACUCCUGGGAACCACAGCUGAGUACAUUUAUGAUGAACAAGCCUUCUCCUGCAACAAGACUGACAUCCAAGAGUUUGGAAAAAUAUUUCUGCCGAUAUUUUACCUCGUGGUGUUUGCUCUUGGCCUCACGGGGAACCUCACGGUGGUUUUGGCCAUCCUGAAAGCAGGCAGCAAGAAAAGCAUCACUGACAUCUAUCUCCUGAACCUGGCUGUCUCAGACCUUCUCUUCGUGGUCUCCCUCCCCUUCUGGGCCUCCAGCACAGUCCGGGGGUGGACCCUGGGGACCAUUCCAUGCACGGCUGUUUCUUCCCUGUAUUACAUUGGGUUUUUUGGGGGCAUGUUCUUCAUCACCAUCAUCAGUGUCGACAGGUACUUGGCCAUCGUCCAGGCAACGUAUUCCCUGAAAUCCAGGACAAUGAAAUGUGGUUUUCUCAUCACCUGUGGAGUGUGGGCUGCAGCAGUUUUAGUUUCAGUGCCCCAUUUCAUGUUCUCCCAGCUGGUGGAGGACGACUGCACAUCUGUCUUCCCCCAGGAGCUGGAGAACAUCUGGCCUGUGUUCUGCAACGUGGAGCUGAACACCAUUGGCUUUUUCAUCCCAGUCUGUAUCAUCUCCUACUGCUACUGCGGGAUCAUCAAAACUCUGCUGGCCUGCAAGAACCAGAAGAAGACACGAGCCAUGAAGCUGAUCGUGGUUGUGGUAGUUGUGUUUUUCCUCUUUUGGUCCCCCUACAACGUCGUGAUUUUUCUAGAGACUUUAAAGCACUGUGAGUUAUUCACAAGCUGCAGCCAGAUGAGGUCCCUGGACUACGCCAUGCACCUGACCGAAACCGUCGCCUUCAGCCACUGUUGUCUCAAUCCUCUCAUCUAUGCCUUUGCUGGGGAAAAAUUCAGGAAGUACCUUUAUCACCUCUGCUUGAAGUACUGCCCGUUCCUCUGCUUCUGUGGUCCCUGCAGCCGCUACCAGGUCACCUCCUCAGCCAGCUAUGCAGAAACCAUCCUGAACAGCAACGUAACCCUCAACACCAGCGACCAGGAGGCCUCUGUCUUUGUCUAG